GACCCCCGAAAAAAAGACGUGUGUAGAAAUAAAAAUUGAAGAUAUUUCAAUAGCAAGAGAAACAAAGGAAGAGAAACAAGAGAAAUAAAUGAUUCAAUGAUCUGAUCAAAUAAUAUUAUUAUGGUUCGAGAGAAAAUAACAGUAUCUACUCGGACACUAUAGUGGAAGUGUGUUGAAUCAGCAGCAGACAGUAAGCGUCUUCUUUAUGGGCGCUUUAUUCUGUCUCCGCUUAUGAAAGGUCAAGCAGACACAAUAGGCAUUGCUAUGCGAAGAGCUUUGCUUGGAGAAAUCGAAGGAACAUGUAUCACACGCGCAAAAUCUGAGAAAAUAUCACACGAAUAUUCUACCAUAAUGGGUAUUCAAGAAUCAGUACAUGAAAUUUUAAUGAAUUUAAAAGAAAUCGUAUUGAGAAGUAAUCUCUAUGGAACUUGUGAGGCGUCUAUUUGUGUCAGGGGCCCCGGAUAUGUAACUGCUCAAGAUAUCAUCUUACCGCCUUAUGUAGAAAUCCUCGAUAAUACACAGCAUAUAGCUAGCUUGACGGAACCCAUUGAGUUGGUUAUUGGAUUACAGAUAGAGAAGAAUCGCGGAUAUCUUAUAAAAGCGCCAAAUACCUUUCAAGAUGGAAGUUAUCCUAUAGAUCCUGUAUUCAUGCCUGUUCGAAAUGCGAAUCAUAGUAUUCAUUCUUAUGAAAAUGGUAACAAAGAGAUACUAUUUCUCGAAAUAUGGACAAAUGGAAGUUUAACUCCUAAAGAAGCACUUUAUGAAGCCUCCCGGAAUUUGAUUGAUUUAUUGAUUCCCUUUUUACAUACCAAAGAAGAAAAUUUAAAUUUAGAGGGCAAUCAACACAUGGUUCCUUUACCCCCUUUUACCUUUUAUGAUAAAUUGGCUAAACUAACAAAAAAUAAAAAAAAAUGGCGUUGAAAUCGAUUUUUAUUGACCAAUCAGAAUUGCCUCCCAGGAUCUAUAAUUGCCUCAAAAGGUCCAAUAUAUAUACAUUGUUGGACCUUUUGAAUAACAGUCAAGAAGAUCUUAUGAAAAUGGAACAUUUUCGCAUAGAAGAUGUCAAACAAAUUUUAGGCAUUCUAGAAAAAAAUUUCGUAAUUGAUUUACCGAAAAAUAAGUUUUAAAUUCAUUGGAUUUUUUUUUCAUCUUUUUUUUAGAAAAAGGCCGAAAAUAGGUUUUGAAUCUUUAGGACAAUUCAUAUAUUCGGAAUUGGCAUAGAUUCAUAAUUUAAUUGAAUAGAUGUAUCUAGGGAGAAUUCACUUUGAAGCGACUGUUCCCUAGAUACAUACGUCGUGAUAU